AACUUGAAGCAAAAGCAUGGAAUAGAGGUAUCUAUACAUAUGGCCUAUAGGGCAAGAAAGCUAGCUAAAAAUGUAGUCCUAGGAGAUCAGAAGGCACAAUAUCAUAGGAUAAGGGAUUACCUAGAAGCUGUGCUAGAAACCAAUCCAGGAAGUAGAUGCAUUGUCACAACAAAGCAUCUGAAACUACAUCCAAGCAAAAACCCAAGAUUCCAUGGCUUGUUCAUCUGCCUCAAUGCUUGCAAAGAGGGUUUCCUUAAUGGUUGCAGACCAUUCAUAGGUGUUGAUGGUUGCUUCAUAAAGUUGACAACAGGGCAGCAAAUCUUGGCUGCCACUGGAAGAGAUGGAAACAAUAACAUAUUUCCCAUUGCUUUUGCAAUAGUGGACAAGGAAAACACAGCAAGCUGGUCUUGGUUUCUUACUCAAUUAAAAUAUGCCAUUGGUGGUGAGUCAGGCAAGUUUGGCUACUACACUAUUAUAUCUGACAGGCAAAAGGGCCUUCUUACAGCCAUAAACAAUGUAUUCCCCAAUUGCAAACAAAGAUUCUGCCUUAGACAUAUUUAUCAGAACUUUCAAACUGCUGGUUUUAGAGGGGAAGAGUUGAAGAAAUACAUGUAUCAGGCAAGUUAUUCCUAUACUGAGCAUGGUUAUGUAACUGCAAUGGAAGGCAUGAAAAAGGAGUGUGAGCCAGCUUGGAAAUGGCUAUCUAGGAUACCAAAACAUACAUGGGCUAGGCAUGCCAUGGACAACAAUUGCAAAACUGACUUGGUAGUGAACAAUAUAAGUGAAGUUUUUAACAAGAUGAUACUUGAUGUCAGAGCCAAACCCAUUAGAACUAUGGUAGAUGGGAUCAGGACAAAGCUGUUAGUGAAGUUCAAUGCAAAUAGGACAAAGACUGAGACUGCUAAGUGGCAGAUAUGCCCAACAUAUGCUGAGAAGCUAGAGGAAGCAAAACAUCAUUCUAGGUUUUGUCAGUCUAUCAAAGCUGGACCUGAUCUCUUCCAGGUGACAAGUGGAGAAAGCACAUAUGCAGUUAACUUGUUGCUACAUACAUGUGGUUGUAGGAAGUGGGACAUGUGUGGAGUACCUUGCAAUCAUGGUGUUUCUGCAAUCAACAAGGCAAAACUACAGCCAGAAGAUUUUGUUCAUGAUUUCUUCAAGAAACCAAUGUAUAAGGCAGCUUAUAGUCCAAUAGUUUUCCCUGUGCCUGGGCCUGAUUUGUGGCCAAAGACUAGAACCCCUGACAUUGAACCACCAGUGUUCAAAGAAAAGCCAGGAAACAAAGAGACAAAGAGGAGAAAGAGCAAGUUUGAAAAGCCAGCUCCAAAGGAUACAUCUAGGAUGGGAACUAUCACUUGUAGCAAUUGCAAUAGGACUGGGCAUAGAUACACUAGUUGCAAGCAGGCUCUUAAACCAUCCCUAGCUAUGAGAAUGAACCAGCACCAGGAAAACAGGAGAGAUGAUACACCCAGAACUGUAUCUGCUCCUGCUCCCAUGCCACCAAGGAGAAGUGCUCCUUCUGCUCCUGCUGCUGCUCAAACUGCAGCUCCAGCUCCACCAGCUCCAAGGGCUCCAAGGGUAUCAAGGAGAGCUCCUUCUGCUCCUGCUUCAGCUCCCAGUGCACCAAGGAGAGCUCCUUCUGCUCCUGCUUCAGCUCCCAGUGCACCAAGGAGAGCUCCUUCUGCUCCUGCUGCAGCUGCUGCUCCUCCUGCUACAAGGGCAACAAAGAAAGCUAAAACUACAAGGACUGCAACUUCUACUGCUGGUGCUGGUCCAAGUUCCUCUACUGCUGCUGGGCCAAGAGGAAGAAACAAGUUCAUCCCCCCAAGAGUUGCAGGUAGUGGAAGAGUGAGGAAGCCAUCCUUUAAGAUGUCUGAGUGGUUCAACUGUUCUCAAGGGAGCAGGUGAAGUUGUGUUAACUUGUGGUCAAAACUUGUGUUGCUUCUGGUUGUCAUGAGUACUUUCAUGUUCUAAACAUGUUCAAGACAUCUAGUGGACUUGUUGGACUUGUUGGUUGUCA